AUGAGCGCUACGCUCAGGAACCCAACCGAGGCCAUGAGGCUGCUGUCCCAUACUGCAAGAAUGACCAAUCGGCAAUCGCUGGAAAGACCGUAUUACACGACACCGAGCGACAAGAGGCCUGAUGACGGCGACCUCUAUUGCCACGACAUGGAGUAUGAAUCCGAGUAUCGUCGCAGAUAUCGAGCAAACGAAUUCCCAGAACGUCUGGAUGACAACCCUCGAGGCGAUGAUCAAACAUUUUCAACUUGGAUGCAUUUCCGAAUGUGUAAAGACAAGGUCAUCAGCCCGAAUGAAGCGCUGUUCCUAAUCAACUAUUUCUUUGAGCACAUGAAUCCGAUGAGGCCGAUUGUCUCCGACUAUUAUCACGACCCAAAAAAUCAUUUGGAACUCCUCAGGGAGGAGCCGACACUAGCAUGCACAAUCAUUGCCACCGCCGCCAGAUACACUCGAUUACCAGGGCAUGGUGCCCUGACACGAGGCCAUUUACUCCACAACAGUCUACUUCGCCAUGUCCAAGCGUGCACCCAGCGAAUCAUCUGGGGCUUUGGAGAAGAGGAGAUGGGCAUUGGUAGAACCAUUGGCUUCAUCGAGAGCCUUUUGAUUUUUGUGUGUUGGGGCUCUGCAAAUGCUGGUGUACACGCACACGUCAUCAUAAGAAUAACUAGGCAGUCUAACCGAAUGGUUUGGAUGCUCAUUGGUCUUGCCUCAACAAUCGCUCACGAGAUUGGAUUGUGGGACGCAGACAGCAUACCCAGUCGAAUUACCACUGAAAAUGAUGAACGCAAGCUUCGAGUAAAGAAACACCUCCUCCUCGAAUGCGUUGAGGCUCAUUUCCGGCUUGGAAAAGCUGCCACGAUGCAACAACCAUUCGGCCUCUCCUUCGAACUUGUGCAUAUGGCGACAACCGCCCUAUACCAAAGCCCCGCGCAGACGAAGGCUAUGAUCACAUCGAAGAAAUACCUCAGUGCCGUCAUGCAUUAUGACACCUUACUCAGGAGCUGGCACGAAAGUGCAAGCAGCAUUCCUUCGGUUCUCCCGGCCUUGACAGCUCAAGCCCAAAUCAUGUACCACGCCGCUCGCUCUUACAUCCAUCUCAUUGGCAUACAAGCAAUCAUGGAGAGAUCACUCUCGUUCUCAUACUCAAACAUUCAGUCCGAUCGUUCUAGAGUAUUCGAUGAACAGGGCAUGGCGGAAGUCAUGCGGUUGCCGGAGACUGCGCGAGAUCUGGAAUUGAUCAAAGUGAUUGCCACUGGAUGUCGUCAAGGCAUGGAAAAUGUAAUCAAGUUGCACGAGGUGGAUGCUUUCAGGAACACAACAGAACAAGUGCGCGCAAAUGUCAUUUCCAUUGUCAUUUGUGCCUUGAAGGUUGCUAGUCUUAACAUAGAACCGAAGCAAGACAUGAUCCUCCUGCUCAAAAAAGUCGUCCACAUAAUCGAAGCAUCUGCUAUAGACGACCUCGACCUCGGUCCUAUUUACGCCGAAUCUCUGCGUACUCUGAUCGCCAAAGUCGAAAAUGCACGACCAGUCCGCGCCCCAGCCGGCGGUGAAUCCACAGACCAAGGGGAGCAACAACAACAUAGUCACUACUCGCCUAUUCUUUCACCUGCACAGAACAGCAGUAGCAACGAUACUACAUCUACCCCGUCCACAGGACCCACCACUGGCUUCACGACAGGAGCAUCUUCAAACAACAUGACGGCUUCCGCUUCCAUGGUACCGAUCACAGCGUCAUCUUCAUCGGCGGAUGGGGCCGCUCCAUCGUCUUUUGCGUGCGGUACAGGAGGUGGAGAGAGCAGUAUGGCUGGCGACUUUGGUGAUCCGACAGCGGGGAUGGGUACAGAAAUGGUGGGCGGUGCGCCGGCGGAUUGGAGUCAAUGGCUCGCGUUCCAGUUUGACCCAUCGUUUUCCGCAUUCGAAAUGGGUCAUUCGUUUGAUGCGACAUAUCCAUUCCUUUCUUCCGGGAUGGAUUGA